CACCGCUACAACCAACAACAGUGUUUGUUUUCUCUCCUCUCAUAGGCGACACAGCACCCUACACCCCACCACAAAGACAUCUUGACCAACCACGACAUUGGAAACUCUCAUGGGCGAUCCCUCUCUCACACAAUCAACCUCACACACACAAAUGACCGCAUUGUCAAUCACUCACUCACUCACUCACUCACCCACCCACCCACCACGACUCAAUUAAAUCUCACCACAUAGCGGUCAGGUUAGAGUAGCCGCACGACCUUGUUCUUAUCCGAACUUAUUCAUUCCCCCGAUCCAACCUCCCUCUGAUUGGCCUUCCCCUGCCACAGCUUUUGUUCAUCGCGAGACCAAACCAACGCGACAAUGCCGAUCCCGGACUUCGCCAACGAGGCCAUCUUCCCGGCCUUUGACGGCCUCCCCAUCGAGGACGCCGGCGCCGCCGAUCCGCCCUCCUACGCCGCGUCCUCCGAGCCCCCGUCCUACGUGCCGCCGCCGCCCCCGGACCCGCCGUCGUACUCGGACUCGCAGUCUUCCGCAUCUGCCGCCACGACGUCCCUGAUCGACACGGCGGCCACGACGCCCGCCGCCACCUCCGCCACCGCCGUCGUCACCACGCCCAAGCCAUCGUCGCACGACGCGCGGGAGGAGUGGUUCCUCGUCGCCGAGGUGCGGCAGAACAUGACCAUCACGAAGCCGACCCUCGUGGUCGUGGACCGCGCCGGGACCGAGUUCGCCGUGACAUUUGAGGACCGGGGGAUCGACCUGCGGCCGGUGAGGCAGGGGUGGACGAUCGUCGUGCCGCGGGCGGUGAGGACGGCGCCCAAGGGGGGCAAGAGGGGGUUCGUGCGGGUGCCGGAGGGGAGGGGCACGGGGGUGAAGUACGUCCCGGGCGGGCUGGAGAGGAUCGGGGAGCUGGGGGCGAGGGUGCGGGGGGAAGGGGAGGAGGAGGAGGGGGAGAAGGGGGAGGAGGGGAAGGGGUUCAGGGGCAGGUGUGCCGGGUGCGGGAGCCUCGAGGGGGAGGACGGCGGCGCGUUGAAGAGUUGCACUGCGUGCGGCGUCGCAAGGUACUGCGGCAAGGAAUGCCAGAAGGAGGAUUGGAAGACGCACAAGAACGACUGCAAGAUUCUGAGGGGCAUGGUGAACGCGUGGGGGUUAUGAUGAGCGAGGCUUGAGAUUUAGGAUAUCUGGGGUCACGAGAAGGGGGGGGGGGGAAGGCAGGCUCUCGAGGCGAGGACGUGCCCACCGACGACGACGAUAUCACCGUCUCGCUUAUUCGCGGAAAUAAUAACCAAGUCUGCCGUCCGACCUUUCAGACUAUGGCCCUAAUCUCUGUCGUCGAGAUCGAAGGCGAGCUGGGUCGGCCCGUCAGGUGUGGUGGGCAAGGCAAAUCCACGUCCCAAUCCAGAGUGCCACGAGUUGCCCUGGUCAUGUAAUCAUGUGAGCGCCAGUUCCAAAGAUGCUGUAUGAUAUAUUCAUGAAGCAGAACGAAUCGUAAGGAGUGAAACAUCUAAUCAACCGGCUCUCUGGUAUGAAAGGACCGUGAUCGCAGAACCCAGAACCCGAACCCGAACCCCGCCGUCCAACGCCGAUUGACACCAUACAUAUCCCGCACCUAUCGCCAAGAAUAACAUAUUAAAUAAACGCUUCUAAGAGAAUGAAGAAGAAUCGAAGAGGCGUUCGCAUGCCCCGAACAUUCCACCCACCACUCCUU